UGCGUACCUUUGCACCAGUUCGUUGCCAAGGCUGAAGCUUAUGGCGAACCGACGACGAAUAGCGUCGAGCGGCCGGUGCACUGCGAUGCAUCAGGUAUAAAACCACGGCGGGAGGACCUACGUUCGCCAGGUUGCCCUCGGACUUGACAACUCUCUCGAGUCGACGCAUCCUUGCUCCUGACCUGCAUCCUGCGUGAAGAUGAUCGCCACCAGCUUCUUCAGCUUCGUCCUCCUCGCCACCGCUGCCGUAGCUGCCCCCAAGGGCCGCCUCGCGGAGCGCCUGGCCCGCCGCGCUGAGGGAGCGCACCAGUCACGCCCCAUGGUCGUCGAGCAGCCGGAGCUCAGCAACGUCUCGCAAGUCUCGUACAGCUCGAACUGGGCCGGCGCCGUGUGGGAAAAGAGCUCCGGCACCUUCAAGUCCGUCACCGGUACCUUCACCGUGCCCAAGCCCUCAGCCCCCUCCGGCGGCUCGGGCAGCUACUCUGCCUCCGCUUGGGUCGGCAUCGAUGGCGACACCUGCGGCAACGCCAUCCUCCAGACCGGCGUCGACUUCACGAUCGACGGCGGCAGUGUCUCGUACGAUGCAUGGUACGAGUGGUACCCGGACUACGCGUACGACUUCUCCGGCAUCAGCUUCAGCGCGGGCGACACCGUCAAGCUGACCGUCACCGCGUCCUCGACCACGGCCGGCAAGGCCGUGAUCGAGAACGUGAGCACGGGGAAGACGGUCUCCAAGUCGAUCACGUCGUCGAGCGCGCUCUGCGAGGAGAACGCGGAGUGGAUCGUCGAGGACUACGAGGAGGGCAGCUCGCUCGUGCCCUUUGCGAACUUUGGCACGGUCACCUUCUCGGGCGCGUCUGCCUCGACCGGCUCUGGCUCCACCGGCCCCUCGGGCGCGACGAUCAUCGACAUCCAGCAGAACGGAAAGACCCUCACUUCCGUUUCUACCUCCUCCAACAGUGUCACUGUCAAAUACGUCUGAACUCAGACGAUACUUCGCCAAGCCCUUACCAUUGGUCGCAAUUAUAGACGGUUGUACGUUGUAGUUGUACCUA